AUUUUUUGUGUUUGGUAAACUAAAAACACUAAUGGUCAAUUAUUUUACAGUCGUUUCUUUUGAUAAUUUCGUACUUUUAUCCUCAUCUAUUCAUUAACAUGCUUACAUGCAUCUCUGAUAAGUUUCCUCUACCAAAUCCCAGUGAAAAACUAUUCUUUUAAACUAUUUUUCCUUUUUUUUGAAGCAUUUUUACUUGUGAAGCUUCCAUUGAUGGAGAAACAAAGAAGUUUCUCAUUGAAAUCCACUAGAUUCUUAGUGUUUUCUUUCACAAUUUCUUCUUCUUUAAUCUUCUUGGUUUUUUUAUUUACUUGGGUCAUCAAAUCUAACCCUUCAAUCCAUCGAGAAACCCAUUUUCAGUUCAAUAAACCACUUUUUAAUCAUAAACCCAUAACCAUAGAGAGCUCAAGUAGUUUCAGUAGCAAUGGUUCAGUACAGAGUGUAAACCAUUCGACCCAUUUUUUGAAACCUGAAAAUGAAUCUAGGUCUGUAAAAUUUUCAGUUUUUAAGCAGAUCCAGAGACAAGAAAGUGAAGGUGAAGUUGUAGAAGAUGGUGAUGGUGAUGGUGAUGGUGAUGGUGAUGGUGAAAUUGAGGAUGCUGAAGAGGAUACACCUGCACCUACAAUGGAAGAAGACAUUGAAGUUGAUGAUAAACUUGAGCUUCUAAAGGAACACAAAGAACUGAAGAUGACAAAAGUGAGUUCAGUUGAUGAAUUUAAAGCUCAAGGUGAUGGGAAAAUGGAGGAGAAGAAGAUGAAUGGCUGUGAUGUAACGAAGGGGAAGUGGGUUUACGAUGAGAGCUAUCCACUCUACACAAAUGGAUCAUGUCCUUUCAUUGAUGAAGGUUUUAAUUGUGGCACCAAUGGAAGGCAAGAUAAGGAUUACAUGAAGUGGAAAUGGCAACCACAAGACUGUGAUUUUCCUAGGUUCAAUGCUGCAAAAAUGCUGGAUUUGAUCAGUGGGAAAAGACUGGUCUUUGUGGGGGAUUCAAUUAAUAGAAACCAAUGGGAAUCCAUGCUUUGUAUGUUAAUGUCAGCUGUAAAAGAUCCUAAGAAGGUCUAUGAAACUCAUGGAAGAAGAAUCACCAAAGAGAAAGGGAAUUAUAGCUUCAAAUUUGUGGAUUACAAAUGCACAAUUGAAUACUAUGUUUCUCAUUUUCUAGUUCAUGAAAGCAAGGCAAGAAUAAGGCAAAAACGGAGGCCGACUUUACGGAUUGAUGCCAUCGAUCACGGUUCUUCUAAAUGGAAAGGAGCUGAUAUUGUGGUCUUCAACACUGCACAUUGGUGGUCUCAUUUCAAAACAAAAGCCGGGAUCAACUAUUAUCAAGAAGGGAACCAAGUACAUCCCAAGCUUGAUGUUUCCACAGCUUUUAGAAAAGCUUUGAUGACAUGGGCAGGAUGGGUUGAUAGACACAUUAAUCCGAGGAAAACCCGAGUUUUCUUUCGGAAUUUGGCUCCGUCCCAUUUCAGGGGAGGACUAUGGAAUUCAGGCGGCCAUUGUAUGGAAGCUACUUGGCCUCUUAAUGACACUUCAGGCAUGGAAUACCCUGAGAAGAACAGAAUUGUGGAAGAGGUCAUUUUGCAGAUGAAAACUCCGGUAACAUUACUGAAUGUAACCGGUGUAUCUGCGUAUAGAAUCGAUGGUCAUCCGUCAAUAUACGGGAAAAAACCAGGGACUCGUUACUCUUCCAACAUUCAAGAUUGUAGCCAUUGGUGCCUUCCCGGUGUUCCAGAUACAUGGAAUGAAAUUUUGUUUUUCCAUUUGCAAUCCAAAGAAAAAUCCAAGUAUCACUCAAAAUUUAGAUUGUGAUCUUUUUAACACAUAUUAUUCUUUUAAUUAUUUUUACCUUGUAAUAUUGUGAAAUAUCAUGCAAAAUGUAAUAUUUUAGGAGAUAUCUCUUCAAAUGCGAUUUGAGAAUAUUUAACUGAGGUUAAUUUUUGUUGA